AUGGUAAAGAAACAAAAAAAGAAGCAACCGAUUACAAGUCGAGUACAACGGACCGACGCCAAAUUCAAACACUCGAGAGUAGAAACAGCACGACUAAUUCGACGCUUUCAUGUGCUGAAUAAAGAGUUGGCCAAGUGCCGAGCAGAACCAUGUGCAGCGUCCAGUGCUUAUGAGGGCGAGAUUUUGGCUGAAAUGGAGUCCAUGGGAGGACUUGAUUGGUACCAAAAGGCCUCACAAUUAGGUCAGAGUAAAGGAAGAGGAGGCGAUUCUUCCAAAUGGUUGAUUCAAACCUUAAAAGCACAUUGUAAUGUGGAUAGUGUAAAGAAACCUAUCAAGGUGUUGGAUAUUGGUGCUGUGGCACCAGAUAAUUAUAAGCCUUAUAGUGCAUGGAUCACAGCCAAACCUAUUGACUUAAAUCCACAACACCCUGAUAUUCAAAAGCAGGACUUUUUACAGAUGAAACCUACAGUGGAUAAGUUUGAUAUUGUUUGUUUGAGUUUAGUGAUUAAUUUUGUUGGCGAUCCCAAAGACCGAGGUCAAAUGUUGAUUCAUACACGGGAUUUCCUUAGUUUACCUUCAGUGACGGAUCGAUUACAUUACCUCUUUUUAGUAGUUCCUUUACCGUGUGUGGAUAAUUCGAGGUACAUGACACACGAGUAUUUAUUAGAGAUGAUGAAAUCGAUUGGGUAUAAAAAAUGCAUUCAACAUCAUUUUUCGAAUAAGCUUGCGUAUUAUUUAUUUGAACUGACAGAAGUACCGGAUACGAGCAAGAUUAGUUGGAAAAAGAAGAUUUUGCCUGGCAAGGAAGGUGGCGGACGAAAUAAUUUUGCUGUAGUUAUAGAAUAA